UGCGCAGUGUGGGUAAUGGCGGUGGAAAGAGGCUUGUUUGUCGUAUCCACAGGAGGGUAUUAGAAGGGAACGAUUUGCAGUUGGGAAACUGAAUCCAAACAUCACAUCAGGAUCUGACAGAGUUGCCCAGCUUAUCGUCACCCAAAUAUCAUCGGAAGUUGAACAUGGAAGGAAAAAGCACCGUUCACAGCGGGGAGAAACCGUACACGUGCUCUGUGUGUGGACGAGGCUUCAACCGACCAUCUAAUCUGUUGAAACAUAAAUGCAGUCACACUGGGGAGAAACCAUGGAAAUGUGAGGGCUGUGGGAAGGGAUUUAAUUACCCAUCAGAGCUGGAAAAUCAUCAACGAAUUCACACUGGGGAGAGGCCGUUCACCUGCCCUGAGUGUAGGAAGGGAUUUACUUGUUCGUCCAGCCUGCUGAAACAUCGGCGAGUUCACACUGGGGAGAGGCCAUUCACCUGCUCCGAGUGUGGGAAGGGAUUUGCUCGCUCAUCCACCCUGCUGACACACCAGCGAGUUCACACUGACGAGAGACCUUUCAAAUGUCCAGACUGCAACAAGUGCUUUAAAAGUCCCCGGGAACUGACUGCCCAUCAACGUGUUCACACUGACGAGAGGCCAUUCAGGUGCUCGCACUGUGGGACUGGUUUCAAGACAUUAUUUAACCUCACUGUACACCAGCGAAUUCACACUGGGGAGAGCCCAUUCAGCUGCACCAAGUGUGGGAAGGGAUUUGCUAACACAUCCACCCUGCUGAAUCACCAGAGUGUUCACACUGACAAGAGACCUUUCAAAUGUCCAGACUGUGGGAAGUGCUUUAAAAGCUCCGGGGACCUGAUGAUUCAUCAACGUGUUCACACCGAUGAGAGACCGUUCAGGUGCUCUCACUGCGGGACUGGGUUCAGACAAUCAUCUCAACUCAUUGUACACCAGCGAAUUCACAAUGGGGAGAGACCAUUCACCUGCUCAGAGUGUGGGAUGGGAUUCGCUCGCUUAUCCAUCCUGUUGACACACCAGCGCACUCACACUGGGGAGAGGCCAUUCACCUGCUCUGAGUGUGGGAAGGGAUUCACAACCACAUCCUCCCUGCUGAGACACCGGCGAGUUCACACUGGGGAGAGGCCAUUCACCUGCCCCGAGUGUGGGAGGGGAUUCACAACCACAUCCUCCCUGCUGAGACACUGGCGAGUUCACACUGGGGAGAGGCCAUUCACCUGCCCCGAGUGUGGGAGGGGAUUCAUAACCUCAUCCAAACUGCUGAAACAUCAGCAAGUUCACAAGUGAUUGGGUUUUUCUGUUAAUCACAUCCAGGACUGAACUGUGUCCAUUUGGUCUGUUUCUGCUGAUGCUAAUAACCCCUACAAUUGGGCUGGAGUUUAAUAUUCUGGAUAAAGUCAAAUAAAUCAGCUUUGUGUUAAACUUGCACCGUGUUGAGUCUUUUUAAUAUCUCUAACACAAAUUAGUUGCUUUUGAAGUGCUCUCCCUCUCCUCUGUCUCCUUCAUCCACACCUCCAACAACAAGUGUGAGGAUCUCAUGGAGCUUCUUUGUCACUAAGAUUGAGACAAUCCGAUCAGCUGCUUCCCUCCUUCCACUGGCCCACCGGGCCAAACUCUUUCUAAAGCUACCCCCUGCCCCUUAACCUGAACCUGUGUUUUUCUCCAGUUUCGCCCCUCUCUCCCCCCUUGCUCUCUCAGAGCUCAUCUUGUCAAUAAGACCUGCCUUCCACUGCCUUGACCCUAUUCUCACGAAACUGCUGACCAUCCAUUUUCUCCAUGUUAGCUGAUAUUGUUAAUGGUUUUUUCUCUUAUCUGUCCCUCUUGCCUUAAAAUCCACCACCAUCACCCUCCUGAGAAGAAACAAAUCUUUAUCCCACCAUCUUUACAAACUACCACCCCAUCUCCAAACUCCCUUUUCUCUACAAAAUCCUUGAACUUGGUGUCCCCCAAGGAUAUAUCCUUGGCCCCUCCUAUUUCUCAUCUACAUGCUGCCACUCAGCAACAUCACUCAAAAGCACCAUGUUAGUUUUCACAUGUACACUGACAACGCCCAGCUCUACCUCACCACCAUUCCUCCACUGUUACUAAAUUAUCAAACUGCUUAUCCGACACCAAGUACUGAAUGAGCAGGAAUUUUCUCCAGUCAAAAUUUGGGAAGACCAAAGCUAUUGUCUUCAGUCACCACUUUGAAUUGUCAAGGAACUAUCAGAUUUUUUUCUGAUAUUAUUGUGGGAUAUUGUAAAGCCAGCUUCUGGUUCUGUGUGUGUGGCUAAUUUAAUUAAACUAAAGACAAUUAGACUGCAAGGUUUAAAUUAUCAAAGGAGUGAGUUGUAAAAGAAGCAUUUGAAAUGGGGAUGAGUGAGCUGGAAUGAGGUCUCAGUGGAUAAGGUGUGAAGGUAAUUUACAUGUUUAGAUAAAGAAGGAGUUGUUUGAUUUUCAAAGGGAUGGUGUAAUGUUUACAACUGACAAGAUAAGUCAGGCAAAGUGAUUGCAUUUGUUUUUCCCAAAAGUGCUGGCCAUAAGAACAACAUGAAAGAUUUUUGUAUUCUGGGAAAAGUAACUUCGAAAGAGAAAGAGAAACAAUGGGAUUUACAAAUCAAAAGGUAUAAAAUAUAUUUAAAGAGGGAUGGAAGGUUGUGUGGGGUAUGGCCAUGUGAGACCUUGAAAGGUGCAACAUGUGAAACAGACUUUGGAGGGGGUGGGGGGGAAAGCCUCUAGCUACCCUCCAGUAGUUUGCUGUUCCAGUAACCAAGGUUGUGUUAAAAGCCUUUGGAAUUCCACUGUCAAGUGGGUGUUUGUGGUAAUAGUGCUGAAUGUCUUUAUAAUUUGGGAAUCUAUUUGGGCUGUUGCCUUAAAGGAAGUGUGUAGUUCAUAGUCUGGUUAAGUAUGAAUUUUGCGAAAUGCUAUAAGAUUAAGUAACUGUGUAACCGUGAUUUUGUGUGUGUGUGUGUUUAAGU